AUGCCUGUUCGGCCGUUGUGGCCGCCGGAACCGCCGGGCGGGGGGAAUGGGGCACCGGAGAUCUUCGCUGGCGGCAUCGGCACGGUGCGCCGCGCCGUCGUCAUCGGGAACGGCUGCGCCGGCGCCGAGAACCAGUGCCUCGGCCUCGUACGCGCCCUCGGCCUCGCCGACCGCCUCACGCUCUUCCGUAUUAUAAGGCCAACAGGAGGAAUCAACAAGUGGCUGCACUUUCUCCCGAUUUCCUUGCAUAAAAUUGUCGACCAAGUACUCAGGAAUACGGCAUUUGCAAGACUAUUUCAUGGAAAACUGUUGGCACCUUAUUCUGUCAGUAAUGUGCAAUCUUUUGGAUUGUCUUCUGUACUGGAAGCAGAUACCAGUAAGAUUGUGACAUUGGUCCGUGAUACAUUCGAGAAGGAAGGCCUGGCAAUAGUUGUUGCUUGUGGCCGUGAUACCAUAUCAUAUGCAAGCUCUGUAAGGUGUUUAGCUCCAGAUAAAGUCUUUGUCAUUCAGAUACAACACCCCAGGUAUCGUCUUGAUAGAUUUGAUUUGGUGGUGACUCCUCGUCAUGAUUACUAUGCUUUAACUGCAAAGGGACAACAAGAAGUUCCGUGGCUUUUCCGGAGAUGGAUUACUCCAAGAGAACCACCAGGGCCAAAUGUGGUCUUGACUGCUGGAGCACUUCACCAAGCAGAUUCUGCUGCACUACGCAUUGCUGCUACAAACUGGCAUGAUGAACUCGCUCCCUUGCCAAAGCCAUUGGUCGUAGUAAACAUUGGAGGACCAACAAAAAACUGUAAUUAUGGUGUGGAACUUGCCAAGCAGUUGGUAAGCUCACUGAACAAUGUUGUAAAGACCUGUGGAAGUGUCAGAAUUUCAUUUUCCAGGAGAACGCCACAAAAGGUGUCUGAUCUUAUAUUGAAAGAGUUCAGCACACAUCCUAAGUUUUACAUCUGGGAUGGUGAAGAACCUAACCCACACCUAGGGCAUCUUGCAUGGGCCGAUGCUUUCAUCAUAACAGCAGACUCAGUAAGUAUGCUGAGUGAGGCGUGCAGCACUGGGAAGCCGGUCUACGUUGUUGGAACUGAGCAUUGCAGGUGGAAAUUCUCAGAUUUUCACAACACUCUGCAUAAACGAGGGGCUGUUCGGCCUUUCACUGGAUUGGAAGAUAUGUCAGACAGCUGGAGCUACCCUCCUCUGAACGAUGCCAUCGAUGUGGCUGCACGGGUUCGUGAAGUGCUUGCGGAACGCGGAUGGACAGUGGGGCAAUAGCAAGCGAAGUAGAGAAAGAAGAGUGCCGUCUUGGUCCAGUUCUGUUCCAAGGCUCCAAGCCCAGACGAUUCGAAGUCUGCACUUCAGUUAGUACAUUCGUUGCAUGUGGAUUUCUGCAUAACAGCGAUGCAUUGCGAUAUCUGCGGAAAAUGGCUAUAGUUUUUGGGAACAUAAAAGUUUUGAGUAGCCACACACGCACAGACAGCUGCGGACAUCUAUGCGUCAUUGCGCUCGCUGUUGCGCUGUAAAGAAGCCGGCAGAGCUGCCAAUGGAAGUUGAAAAUCUUUUGUCACUGCGACGAGGUGACAUCAUAGUUUGUGGGUUGUGAGUUGAGUUGUGACUGUGCUAAGUUUAUCACCAGCAAGUCA